AUGCUUCCUGGUGGAUCUCAACAGGUCGUGGCUGACGUGACCGACGUGGCCGACGGUACCGAAGCCCAGCCUUCCACUUCACAUCGAAGCACUAUGCCAGACGACGAUUUCAACUGGCAAAUAACAUUAGCUCGCAAGGUAGUUGCCAUCACUGGAGCUAAUCGUGGUAUUGGGCUCGGUAUCGCGGAAGUUUGCCUCUCGAAUUCCGCCAGCAUGGUCUACUCUCUAGACCUGAUGCAGCCGGGAGAAGAAUUUGCCAGCUUGCAAAAGAAAUACCCCAACUUGCAAUUCAUCCAGACUGAUGUCACAUCGGAGGAGAGUGUAGAAAACGCUGUCGACGAAGUCGUGAAGAGCACUGGUCGCAUUGACGGCUUGGUGGCCAACGCUGCUUUAUCCCCCGUUCUGACUCCGGCACAGGUGUUCGGUGCUUAUUUCUGCGCGCAAACCGCGGCUCGUAAAUUCAUUGAACUUGGAAUCAAGGGCUCUAUUGUGAUGACAUUCAGUAUGACUUCUUACCGACCGAAUCGGGCUGCACCUUCUGCCCCGUAUGGAGCCACCAAGGCCGCUGUGCGGAAUAUGUGCCACACCCUCGCUAUGGAAUGGAGCGAACAUGGCAUUCGCGUGAAUAGUAUAUCCCCCGGUUUCGUACGGACAGCCAUGACUUAUUAUGUGGAGAAGGCAGCCGACUGGGAUCUCAAAAUGCAGUAUUAUGGUGGUAUGCCGCGUUUGGCGGACCCUCGCGAGUUGGGCGGAGCAUAUGUGUACCUUCUCAGUGAUGCAAGCUCGUAUACCACCGGAAUCGAUAUCCCAAUCGCGGGGAUUGUCGGGGCGUGGUGA